GUCCCCGUGACGAGGCAGCGCGGAGCCGCUGCGGGCCGGGCCCAUCCCGCCGCAGCGGCCCCGGGGCCGAGCAGGGACGAGGCGGGGAGGGAGCUGCCCAGAGCGGGGCCCGGAGAGCGGCCAGAAUGGUGCUGGAAGGAAACCCUGAAGUGGGGACCCCCCGAACCUCAGACCUCCAGCACCCCGGGAACAAGGGCUCUUGCAUCCUUUCUUCCAGUGAAGAUGCACAGCCGGGCGAGGAGCCCAUCAAGUAUGGCGAACUCAUCGUCCUGGGAUGCUGUGAGGAAGGAGGUGAGGAAACCGAGGCUCAGAGAGGGGAAGUGACUGGCCCAAGGGCACACAGCUGCUACAAUGGGUGUCUGGCAAGUGGGGACAAGGGUCGUCGGCGAAGCCGCCUUGCACUGAGUCGCCGGCCACAUGCCAAUGGAGUGAAGCCAGAUGUCAUGCACCACAUCUCUACACCCCUCGUCUCCAAGGCACUGAGUAACCGAGGCCAGCACAGCAUCUCAUACACACUGUCCCGGAGCCACUCAGUUAUAGUGGAGUACACGCAUGACAGCGACACAGACAUGUUCCAGAUUGGCCGCUCCACAGAGAACAUGAUAGACUUUGUGGUAACAGACACAUCCCCUGGAGGAGGGGCUGCAGAGGGCCCUUCUGCCCAGAGCACCAUCUCCCGCUAUGCCUGCCGCAUCCUCUGUGACCGCAGGCCACCCUAUACUGCCCGCAUCUAUGCCGCUGGCUUUGAUGCCUCCAGCAACAUCUUCCUUGGAGAGCGGGCAGCCAAAUGGCGGACCCCCGAUGGCCUGAUGGAUGGCCUGACCACCAAUGGGGUCCUGGUGAUGCACCCUGCGGGAGGCUUCUCAGAAGACUCGGCCCCAGGUGUCUGGCGGGAGAUCUCCGUCUGCGGGAAUGUGUACACGCUGCGAGACAGUCGCUCAGCCCAGCAGCGGGGGAAGCUGGUGGAAAAUGAAUCCAACGUGCUGCAAGACGGCUCGCUCAUCGACCUGUGUGGGGCCACACUGCUGUGGCGCACUCCGGCAGGGCUGCUGCGGGCACCCACGCUGAAGCAGCUGGAGGCCCAGCGGCAGGAGGCCAAUGCAGCACGGCCCCAGUGCCCAGUGGGCCUCAGCACCCUGGCCUUCCCCAGUCCAGCCCGCGGUCGCACAGCGCCUGACAAGCAGCAGCCCUGGGUCUACGUCCGCUGCGGUCAUGUCCACGGCUACCACGGCUGGGGCUGCCGGCGGGAACGGGGCCCCCAGGAGCGCGAGUGUCCUCUCUGCCGCCUUGUGGGGCCCUAUGUGCCCCUGUGGCUUGGCCAGGAGGCUGGCCUCUGCCUGGACCCUGGGCCGCCCAGCCACGCCUUUGCACCCUGCGGCCACGUCUGCUCUGAGAAGACUGCCCGCUACUGGGCCCAGACGCCGCUACCGCACGGCACCCAUGCUUUCCAUGCCGCCUGCCCCUUUUGUGGGGCCUGGCUUACGGGUGAACAUGGCUGCGUCCGUCUCAUUUUCCAGGGGCCACUGGACUAAGCUCCUGGGGCCUCUGCUGCCAUGCCCGCCUGCCCACCCAGGUCUCCCACCCCCUGCAGCCCAGAUGGAGCUCUGCAUGUGGGACUCUACCUGUUGGCACAUUGCUCACUGGCUGGACACACUGGAUGGGCUGUGACCCUCCCCUGAGCUCUGGUCCCCAAGGAGGUCCCCAAGAUCUCUACCCUAGUCAUACUGAUGAGGGCUUUAGCACCAGUGCUGUUCCAGGCUGAUGGAGGGAGUCAGCCCCAUGCCCCUGCCCUUCCAGGGGCAUCCCACAUCAUGCCGCCUACACUGUGCCCUUGGGGGAGUGAAGGAGCUGUGGUUCCUGACCCCCAGCUUAGGCUGGCUGUGCCCUGAGCCUGCCAAGUCAGUAGCAGGUAUCUGUCCUUCCUGAUGCUGCCCCGCCGGGUUCCCCUAUAAACCUCGCUACUCAGCUGCCCUGACAAAUCCACGUGUCCCGCGUGCACGCAGUGCCUCCAGCCCUGAGCGAGUACUAGGUGGGCAGCGGGCUGGAGCUGGCAUGUGCUGAUGCCCACCACAGGCUACAGUCUGUGCCAGGUGGCUCUGUGGAUGCAGAGAUAAUCAUGUUCCCCACCUGGUGGAUUUCACUAUCUAGUGGAGAGUGGACCAAAUUACCAAAUGACAGAAUUCUCAGGGCUGGGGAAGAGUCACUGCUGGCCACAGGAAAGUGAAUGAGGCAAGGGAACUCAGCCUCCAUGGUGGCUUGGACUCUCCAGGCCAAUAGGAUGGGGAGGGUGCUGCACAUUCUGUGCAGCCUAGGGGUAGGGAAACAGAGUGACAGAUUCUAGGGGCUGGAGCAUGGACUGCAGGGGGCAGAUGGGGGUAGAGCAGAGAUGGGGCCAGGCUGAUGGGAAGACGCUGGAUGGAGGAUUUGGAUCCAUAUUUGUGGACAGCCAGGAGUCAACAAAGCAGGGAGAGGAUUCUCGGCUCCAGAGCAUUGGCUCUGACACAAGGGCUACUAUCACUGAGUGCCCACGUGUGCCCCACACUGUGCUAACCAUAAUAACAACUGCGAUCAUUGAGCACUCA